GCAAUUGAAGGAAUGCAUGAAGACGCGCCACCGCAGCGAGCUUUCCGAGUUGAAGUUUGACCUCAUCGCGUCGGGCACGUCUAUCUACAGUGCUGGAUAUCUUCUUCCGCUCAUGCACGCUAUCAGCAAGCCAAGUACUCGCGUGCUUUUGGCGCCAUCCGUUUCGCAGAAGAAAUUCGCCGAUCGAUGGGGCCGGUUUGUGCGGCGUUACUUCCAGCACGCAACGGUAUACCCAGACGACUUCUUGACAUCAGUCCACAGGUCAGGAUGGGCUCCAUUCUGCGAGGGCAGCUGCCCACUGUACCAACUAUCUGGACCUCGAAAAGAACGAUAUCCAGGAGUGGCGCGCGAUGGUUGGCGACUCUUGCCGGGUCCAGCAGCAUGUUCCACAGCCGCGGAAGCAGAAGUGUGA